CCUUAAAACAGUCCAACAGUCGUAAACUUUCUGUCUGUAGCCGGCCGGUUCGGUGUCCGAUUUCUGAAACGCUAUUUGCUUUCUCUCACUUAUUAAUAUUUCAUAAAACGUAAUUUUGUUCACUGUAGGGCUUACUUAAAUAUCGAGUUACAGCAGUUUGAUACAAUGAAAUGUGUUAAGACCAUUUUACAAAUAAUAUUUUUAUUGAAUGUGUGUUUCGCUACAUUGUCACCGCCUGCCGAUAAAAAGGGGCAAAAGGGUGUAAAACCACAGGAGGGUCCUAGGAAAAAUAAUGUUUUAGAUCGCAAAUUAGUAGAUGAAUCGCCUUUGGUGAAAGAUAUUAUUAAAUACCACGCCACGUAUCAUCACGAUGUAUCGAAGAGACAAUUCCACAAUUCCGUCUUGGGAUAUGUUACUCCUUGGAACAGCAAAGGUUAUGAUGUGGCUAAAACAUGGGCACCAAAGUUUAACUAUAUAUCACCUGUGUGGCUGCAAAUAAAGCGCCAAUCACCAAACAUAUACAUUGUGUCAGGGCUGCAUGAUGUGGACCAUGCCUGGAUGAAGUCUGUGAGGCAGAAGGGUUCUAACAGUAACUUGAAAAUUCUGCCCAGAAUAUUGUUUGAAAACUGGCAAGCGUCAGACCUGAAGGCAUUUUUCAUGGAACCCUCAUCUCUCUCGGAGCAAAAAGCUUUUAUAGAUGAAAUAAAGAAAGUAUGCAAGCAAUGGAAGUUUGAUGGUGUUGUUCUUGAAAUGUUGUCACAGAUUGGAAAAUAUGCUGAUAAAUCUGUGAAAUUUAUACAGCAGUUUGGUUUGGAGAUGAGUGAGGAUGAUCUCAGUCUUAUUCUAGUCUACCCCCCAUUCCGUGGGUAUCCUACUGAUGAGUUCUUUGUGCAAGCAUUUAAUGAUAUUUAUCCUUAUGUAGAGGCUGUGUCUGUCAUGACUUAUGACUUUUCUAACCCACAGAAACCAGGUCCUAAUGCACCAUUAUACUGGAUGAAAAUGUGUGUUGAGAAACUGAUAGACAAUGAAGAGAGUCCAGCCAAGCGCUCUAAAAUCCUCCUUGGGCUGAAUUUCUAUGGCAACUCAUAUACUGCUAAUGGUGGUGGCCCCAUUGUUGGCACCGAGUAUAUAGAGAUAUUGAAGAAUGCAAAGAGCAACCAAGUUUUGACAUAUAACAACAAUACAGCUGAGAACUAUGUAGAGAUUAGAACAUCGCAAGGCUCGAAGAAAAUUUUCUACCCAACUUUAUACUCGAUUCAGAAGAGACUCGAUUUAGCGAAAGAGUAUGGUGUGGGGGUGGCGAUAUGGGAACUUGGGCAGGGGCUUGAUUACUUCUAUGAUUUGUUUUAAUUCAAUGUGAUAUUAUUUUUAAGUAAAUAAAUUUGUGUACAAUA